GAUUCGAAUGAUGGUGUGUUCAAACAUUGUAUGGGGAUAUAUUAUCUCUUGUGUUUUAACAACGAUAGGAUCAUCCCUAAAAACUCCCCUCCCAGGUCAGAGAAGAUGUCUUGACAUGAGUAACGCUGCUGGAGAACAGGUCUCGCUGAGAUGCAAGUCGAGGAAGAACAUCAUAUUUGGCAUCAAUGUCAUGUGCUUCACUAACAGCAGCACCGGCGACACCACCAGCAUCAGACGAAGAAGGUUUGACAGCAGCAGCACCAUCACCAGGGGGAAGUGUGGGGCCCAGUGUUCGGGCUAUCAGCUCGAUGUCCUGGCCGCAUCCUACGACUGCUACUGGAAGGCAGCCUGCAACAUCACGUGGUCCACGUCCCCCAUCCUGAAAUCACCCCACGGAAACUGCAUCAUGAAGGUCCCGUCAUACCUGUCUGUGAGGUACAAGUGUAUAAGGAAAAAACGAGUUUACUUCCUGAGCAACAACCUCGGACAUGGUCUUGCUCACAGAACCCGGAAGUCGUCAGACUACGGGAUAAUCGUGAGCCACGAAAACUACCCCUGGGUUUACAGGACUGGGGGGAUAAGCACCAUGACUCUUUCACCAAAGGCGAGGAGGAAACGAAACACAUCGCGGGCGAAUAAGGUGCUCAUUACCGUCAACGUCCUCGAUAUCGGCCAGCAUGACGCCGUGGUUGUCAACAGCAGCAGCACGACACAGAUGCUGGUCAAGGGCUCCUCCAUCGUCCUGGACAACACGGAGACGUUCUCGGUCCAGUUGCUGGUCAGCUCAGAGGACUCAUCAAGGCAGGGAUUUCUGCUUUGCUUCUACUGGGCAAGGAAAUGUGAGAAUAUUUCAGGGAACAACGCAUGCAAGAUUGUCAGGUCCCACAAAAGGCGGAGACGAUUACGUCGAUGCGAAGGAUGAUCGGCAUUUUACACACAUCUGGUUGUCAUAGAUACGUUCGGCGGACAUGAUCAGGUCAUCAUGCAUGCAUGAGUGGGUAUUGUUUUGCGCCGCUUUGGACAGCAUUUCAGUUAUGUCAGGGCGUGUCAGCUGUGGACGAAAAUCGAAUGUGAUGUUUGUUACUUUUGGAAACAUGAUCUGUUAAGAUGAUCACAGAACAGCUAUUAUAUUCAGGAGAGUCUGAAAUUUGAAGUCUCAGGACACGGAUCAAGCACACAAAGGGAUUGUUUUUCCAGCGUCAGUAUUGCGUGUCACAGCAAUGUGUUCGUGA